GAGACUCAUGAACAACCAUCACAAAACACAAAAACAGUCGUGGAUCAUCAGAUCGGCAGCAUGCGUUCCACAGCUGGUUGUUUGAUUCUGACCAUUCUCCUUGGAAUCUGUGCUAACGGCUGCAGAUCAAGCUGGUUGUGGCCAAAGCUUGUGGCCCACAUUUCAGAUGGACUUGAUGGUGACAUGGAGCAGGAGGCUUAUCAGGUCACUCUUAUGGCUCUGCAUACCUACACAAAGGAUACUGACAUUUCUAACUACAUCGUGGAGGAGUUUGACAGAAGGCAUGGGAACACCUGGCACUGCAUUAUAGGGGGCUGUGCUUACAGCGUGACACCUAGUCUAAACAAUUUCAUCAAGUUCACUUUCGGCAACAGAACAAUUUUGCUCUUCAAAGUUGGCUGACAUUCAGCAACAGUUUUAUCCACAUGAUUAAUAAAACA